CUGGAAAUAAAUUUACCAUAAUGAUUUUGAAUGCAACCCCCUUCACGACUGGUUUGUGAAAAGUAUACUUUCCUAAUCCUCUUAUCGAAUAUUACAUUAAAUAUAUGCAUAUGUGACCUCAAAUGGUCAUUCCAUACAAGUUAAAGAAAUGAAAAAAUAACCUAACCGGGUCUAUGGAAAUGGAUAGUCUACUGUUAGAUGUGUAGUAAAUUGAUUGAUUAAAUCAAGUAAUUCUAAAAAAGCAAUAUUUUCUUCCAUGUAUGCACAACAAACAAUUUCAAAUUUCGCAUAUCGAUAUCGCUACACAUGAAACCAAUUUCACACGAUAGCGUAACAUCACAUGUAAACGGUAGUUAGAACAUUUGUGUACAUACAUCAAGAAAGCAAUAGAGUCCAUGGUAGUAGAUGAAAAGCAAUUACCAGAGAAACCCAUAGACAGAGAAAAAACAUGUCCACUUUUACUCCGAGUAUUUUGUAAUACAGGAAGACAUCACAAUAUAAUGGAAUAUAGUAGGGGAAAUGUCCCCUCAAAUGAAUUACAAAUAUAUACAUGGAUGGACGCAACCUUACGAGAGAUUACAGGUUUAGUUAAAGAAGUAAAUCCAGAUGCUAGAAGUAAAGGAACAUAUUUUGAUUUUUCAUUAGUAACACCAGAAUUACGAAAUUCUGGAUAUCGCAUGAGAGAAAUCGGUGUUACUUGUUCAGGACAAAAGGGUGCAGAUGAUAAUAAAACACUUGCUCAAGCACGAUUUACAAUUGGUGAUUAUUUAGAUAUAUCAAUAACACCACCAAAUCGACAACCAGCAAUUAGACGUGGUGCACUACGUCAAUACUAAUUUAAGUAACAAAGAUUUUAUUUACUGGAACUUAUGUUAACAAUUUAUUAGUUUUCUAUUAAUAAAUAAUAUAUAAUACUGAAA